GUACUGGGAGCUCGGGGGCUAUGAGAAGACUGGCAAGAUGUUCAUGUAUUGAUAACUCAAAGCCUAAAGCUUUUCAUGCGCCUCCUCACACUUUAUCCCCUUUGAUCCCCCGCGGUUCCCAGGUGGGUGUGCUGGGUGUUAGUCCCACUUGGUAGAUGAGAAAACAGGUUCCGAGACACAGUGAGGUGCUCGGCCUCACACAGUAAGCUUGGAGCCAGCAGGACUAAAAUGCAGGGGCUCCGUAUGUGUCUCCAAAAAUAAGGCCCAGCUGGUUUAGCAGGAGGUAAGAGGUGAUAACAAGAUCCCUCUGCUCCUGUGUGGCGGGUCUGCACACAGGACCCAGCUCAUCUGGUUUUAGUUAAGUUACCCACAGAUACAGGGUCUGCCCAGAUCUUCGCUUUACUUAGAUGAACUGUAGUUUGCGAGUCUCAGACUGCUCAAACCAGAGACUUCCAGUUAGGGGGAAGAUAUGAGGGGUGAGGGCUGGUGGGCCAGGGUAAACUAGACAAGUCUCCCUGCCCAGCUUCGGCUGCCACCUGCAGGUCACUUGGGGUCCGGCCAUGUGGCUGCCUCUGCUUCUUGGAGUCUCGCUCUGGGCAGCACUGUGGUUGCUCAGGGACCGGCAGAGCCUGCCCGCCAGCGAUGCUUUCGUCUUUGUCACCGGCUGUGACUCGGGCUUUGGGCGGCUUCUGGCACUGAGGCUGGACCAGAGAGGCUUCCGAGUCCUGGCCAGCUGCCUGACCCCCUCAGGGGCAGAGGACCUCGAGCGGGUGGCCUCCUCCCGACUCCACACCACCCUGCUGGAUGUCACAGAUCCCCAGAGCGUCCGGCAGGCAGCCAAGUGGGUGGAAACACACGUCGGGGAAGCAGGGCUUUUUGGUCUGGUGAAUAAUGCCGGCACGGCUGGCAUCAUCGGGCCCACACCUUGGCAGACACAGGAGGAUUUCCAGCGGGUGCUGAAUGUGAACACACUGGGUCCCAUCGGGGUCACCCUCGCCCUGCUGCCCCUGCUGCGGCAGGCCCAGGGCCGGGUGAUCAACAUCACCAGUGUGCUGGGCCGCCUGGCAGCCAAUGGAGGGGGCUACUGUGUCUCCAAGUUUGGCCUGGAGGCGUUCUCUGACAGCCUGAGGCGGGACGUGGCUCCUUUCGGGGUACGAGUCUCUAUCGUGGAGCCUGGCUUCUUCCGAACCCCUGUGACAAACCUGGAAAGUCUGGAGGACAGCCUGCAGGCCUGCUGGGCACGGCUGCCUCCAGCCACACAGGCCCUCUAUGGGGAGACCUUCCUCACCAAAUAUCUGAGAGUGCAGCAGCGAAUCAUGAACCUGAUCUGUGACCCGGACCUGACCAAGGUGAGCAAGUGCCUGGAGCAUGCCCUGACUGCCCGUCACCCCAGAACCCGCUACAGCCCAGGCUGGGACGCCAAGCUGCUCUGGCUGCCAGCCUCCUACCUGCCAGCCAGCCUGGUGGAUGCUGUGCUCACCUGGGUCCUUCCCAAGCCUGCUCAGGCGGUCUACUGAACUCAGCCCUCCAGCAAGAGGUUGUCGUUCAAGGCAAGGACUUUGAUUUAUUUCUGUCCCCCACCCUGGCACUGCCUGGUGCUUGGUACAAAACAGGCACUCAAUAAAUGUGUAUUGGGGCUUC